AUGCCGGGUCGCCCACCCAAGCGACCGGCAGAAGCUGGCGGUGCAGCUACUCCAUCUGACGAUGUCGCAUCCACGCCUGCGCCCAAGGUGAAGCUUCCGAGACUCGACAAGGGCGGCCAGGAGGACUUCUCCUCCGUUGUCAAGAAUCGCCUAUCGUCUUACACAAGAACCGGCCAGGCCUGCGACAGAUGCAAGGUCAGAAAGAUUCGAUGCGAUGCCCUCCCUGAAGGAUGCUCCCACUGCAUUAGCCAGAAUCUCGAUUGCUUCGUUACUGAUCGCGUCACCGGCCGAACCGAAAGAAGAGGCUACCUUCAGGAGCUCGAAAGGGAAAAGACGGACAUGAUGAACCACAUCCGCGAACUCGAAAAGCUGCUUGAGAAUAACGGCACCGAAGUCAAACCCUACCAAUGGUCUCCAUACGCCAUGAACUACCCGACUCCUGGCGCAACCUAUGACCACAUGGGCAAUGCCGUAGACGACCCCAACGAGAAGGAUGCCUGGACCAAGGUUGGCUCCGUCUGGGUCAAGAACUACAACUACAAACCUGCCGGUGGUCGCUCAUUCCCUCGAUCGACGCUCGAGUCACGUCCCGUUCAUAAUCAUCUGGGCGUCGGCUCGGACAGCGCGCCUCUUAGCUCAAUCAAGGGCACCCAGCUUUCCAUUCUAGGGACGACAAUCGAUGUCACCUCUUUCGACGCCCCCGACAUUGACGAGCCGAUACCAGACGCCAAGGAUGCGCAGCCCCUGUACAACAAGUCUCUACAAUCAUUCCUCCAGUCCAGCAUGAAUGUGAAUCCUACAGUCAAUAUCGAGCUUCCUUCAAGGAGCGAUGCCUUCACGUACUCUGAAUGGUACUUCCUCAUGAUUUGGCCUUUUCUGCCAGUCCUGCAUAAGCCUAGCUUUAUGAACAUUCUCACUCGUAUGUACGACGAACCUGGCUUCGAAGCAAGUGUGCCUGACCAGGUCAUGGUGCACAUGGUCUUUGCGACCAUUUACUUCCAAUACGGCGUGCGAAACUGGGAGCAGCAGGAAACACGGUCUCAACUCAACGAGUUGUCCAAUAAGCAUUAUCACUAUGCUCUGAGCAAGAUGUUUGACUUGGCAUCCUCGCAAUCAGUGGCAGCGGUUCAGGCCAUGGCGAUGAUCUGCGCUCACAGUCGUAGCUUCCCCAAGCCAGGAUGCGGAUCCAUGGUCACCAACUUUGCCUUCCACCGCGCUAUCGACCUCAAUAUGCACCGCGCUAUGAAGGGACCGGGGGAAACGACAAAUCUCGAGAACGAGAUUCGUAAGCGUACUUGGUGGACCAUCCUUCUCGUCUAUGUCACUCUGAACGGGCGCCUUGGGCGGCCUAUGCCUAUAACGGUUGAAGAGUACGACGUCGAGUUUCCUGAGCCGAUCGCCGAUGAGGCCCUAACACCAGACGGCGUCGAUCCGUCGGUAACCACGCCUUGUACAUAUCAUGUUGGGCUGGCAGGCUUCAAGAUCUUGCCGUUGUUCAUGGAGAUGUACUCCAACAUCUACAGUGUCAAGCGCGACCCUAAGAACUACGUUGAUGUUGUCAACUCUCUAGAAGAGCAGCUUCGUCUCUGGAAGGAAAACCUCCCCGAAUCGCUCCAAAUCAACCCAGGGCAGACUGAACAUGAAGGCCGUAUGUAUGCCUUGUACAUACAGAUGUACGCCCUUGAGCUUCGGCUGUGUCUACGCCAUCCAUCCGUGGCCAUGACCACCGAUCGCAAGUUCCUCCUCGAAAAUGCCCGCAUAUGCGAGGAGACUGCUGCGCAUAUGCUCAAUGCUGUCAAGAGCCUCGUGAAGCUGAAGUCUCUCGAUACUACGUGGUAUCAAAUGGCAGUUUACGGUGCCGCCAUUUUCACCACAUUGGUUGCCCAUUGGGAACGGAGGUUCGAGGCAACGCCUAAUCAGAUUGCAACCCUUCGAGAGGAGAUGAAGGAUUGGAUGGAGAUCAUCAAUGCGACUGUCUCGCUACUCGGUGAGUCCUAUCCCGAAUUCGUCGAGGUGAACUUUGAGACUAACCGCUUCUAUCUAGGAACCGGAGCACGUAUCAGUAACGAAAUCAGUGUCAUCAUUGAAAGGACAAUCAGCUGGAUUGAACACGACCAAAAACAAAAAGACUCGUCGUCACUUCCGCCAGCGAUCAAAACCGAACCAUCGACAGCAGAAGCGUCACCAUUUCAGCUUACGUCCCAGCCUCAAGCAGUGCAGGCCCUCGCUGCAAGUGCCGACGAAGCCGCUACGAAAGCAUUCUACUCGGACGCGGAGAAUCAGAAUGGGACAACUCCGUACCCUUCGCUAGCUUACACUGAGCAGCCACCAAGUGCCAACACCAUGGCAUCGACAAGCAAUUUCGAGGUAAACAACGGAUACUCGUAUACGCCUGCGGCGACGCAGCCCACAAACGGGGAUGACAACACUGCUGAGACGAAUCCACUGAUUGCGUUCGCAUCUCAGGCCACUCAGCACGUUGCAGACCCUGCAGGCUCUGCGGCUGCGGCGGAGCUACUCUGGAGACAGUCGGCAUCACAAGGAAAUACCUGGCAUGACUGGACAGCGGCAAUGGCGGACAGCCAAGAUAGAUACAGCGCUAAUGCCCUGUUGACCCUGGGCGGCGCGUCUAGGGAUCCCACUGCUGUGACUGAAGCGGCGACAGCGGCCGACAUGGCUUCUGUAACAGCUCCUGUCGGUCAAUGGCCGCUCAUCAUCUUCGACGGUGCGGGAGCUCCUGGAGGACAGUAG